AUGAUUCGAUCUCGUUUUUUACGAUUUCCAGUUCUAAGACCAAGAUGUUUUUCACCAAGUUUUCAUUUUGACUUUCAAAAUCCAUCGUUAAAUACUAGGAAAGCCUCUUCGAUGACAGCAAAGACAACAGAAUCUGUCGAGUUCCAAGAUACCGCUUCUAGAAAAGGGCCAACUGCUAUUGUGAUGCUUAAUAUGGGUGGACCAUCGAAUUUAGACGAGGUUGGUCCUUUUUUGGAACGCCUCUUUUCUGAUGGUGACAUUAUUCCACUAGGCUACUUUCAAAACUUACUUGGUAAAUUAAUUGCUAAGAGAAGAACUUCCGCCGUUCGAGAGCAUUACAGAGAAAUUGGGGGUGGAAGCCCAAUUUUGCAUUGGACUGAAUAUCAAGGAAAAGAGAUCUGUAGAAUCUUAGAUGAAACCUCUCCCCAGUCGGCUCCUCAUGUUCCAUUCGUGGCCUUUCGUUAUGCUCCUCCUUUAACCGAAGAAAUGCUUAAGGACUUGAGAGACUCUAAAAUUAAGCGUGCGGUUGCCUUUAGUCAGUAUCCUCAAUGGUCUUGUUCAACAAGUGGUGCUUCUCUGAAUGAACUACGAAAACAGCUUCUUGAAAUGAAUAUGGAGCACGAUGUUGACUGGUCUGUUUUGGAUCGUUGGUUUUUACAGGAAGGUUUGUUGAAGGCUUUUUCAGAAAAUAUUCAAAAAACCUUGGAGACGUAUCCUAAGGAGGAACGAGAUGAUGUUGUGAUUAUAUUCAGUGCCCACUCAUUACCCAUGUCUCAAGUUUCUAAAGGAGAUCCAUACGUGAAUGAAGUUGCUGCAACUACUUAUGGCAUUAUGCAAAAUCUGGGGUUUAAAUAUAAAUAUAUAAACUCUUGGCAGUCCAAAGUUGGCCCCGUUCCUUGGAUGUCUCCUUCCACAGAAGACGUAAUUCAGCAAUUUGGAAAGCAAGGCCAUAAAAACAUGAUAUUAGUCCCCGUUGCCUUUACUUCAGAUCAUAUUGAAACCCUAAAGGAACUUGAAGAUUACAUUGAGGAUGCUAAGAGUAAAGGCAUCACUGGGGUUAAACGUGCACCUAGUAUAAACGAUAAUGCAGUCGCUAUUAAAGGAAUGGCUGAUUUAGUAAGGCUCCAUUUGGAAACGAGUACACCUCAUUCCCGUCAAUUUACUCAGAGAUGUCCUGGUUGCACGAACGAGUCUUGUCAAAAGCGAAUUGACUUCUUUCAAAGAUCUUAA